UUCAACCGGUAACAAUGAUGGGGGACACUAUCGAGAACAUUGCAUUUCUUUUCAUGAACAUUUCGUGUUCAUUUCUGCUGUGCAAAUAAGGAAUUCAAGUUACAUUUCCUCCAAACUGCCACAAAAUAACUACAUUGCAAGAUAAGCAAGGCCUAACGUUAUAUAUUUUUAUAUUGCUUGAUGUGGUUGCUUGACGAAACAAGACAUUUGACUUGUCAUAGCAGUUGCAACUAAUAACAUCCAUUGGGCUCCGUUCCGGCUUGUUUCCAGAAAGUAUCGCAAUACAAUGCAGUAUUCAACGUGAUAAAGUACCGCUUGCAGAAUAUAAUGUAAAAGUAAAAAUGGGUGAUGUGACGGAUGAUAUUGGGUCAAUAUGGUGAGAGCUUGUACCUACUGGUGAACACCGCUAGGUAGCGCUAUAGUCACAAGAUGCCGCUCUCUCCAGAAUCAAGAAGACUCAGAUGGCCACGAACUUGACAAAAGUUAAGUCGAGAAGAGCAUCAAGAAUAAACGGGCCAUGUCCUUCCAAAUCAGGCCUUAAUGCUGAUUAUAACCCACCCAUUUAAUAUGAACUCGGAUAAGUUUGGCAUGCUUUCAGUACAAUAUGUGAUUUAAACCAAUCAAAUGGGUAUAUUGCUAAAUAGAUCUCUAAGACUACUCUUUGUGUAACUUUAUUUUGAGAAUGUUAUUAUAAACUAAGAGAGGAUUUUGUUGUCCAAAUUGUAUCUUGAAGCUCGUGUGCGCGUGUGUGAGCGCGUGUGUAGGGGGAGUCCUGCAGGAUGAGAGUUUAUGAGCAGACUGUGUGCUUCUUGUUCUUGCUGACCCUCCCAGCAGACAGUAGCCUGUCUAAUCCCCUCCUUUCUUUGCCAACGGAAUAUCAUCUCAAGGUCCUCCGAGAAUACCGGAUUUCUUGUUGUGGCUUUAAAGGAGAAGGAAAAGAAAAAGGGUGAAAACCUUUUGAAAAGAAUACCUGUUUGCCUCAGCUACCAGCAGCAGACGGACUCCCUCUAAAACUACCGACCUACCGGCUAGGGAACUGCCUGCAUCCGAUAAGGGAUCUAGUCGACAAAAUCAAGUGUGGAGGGAGGGAGUGUAGAGAAAGAAGUCGUAUUGGAGAGAGGGAAAAGGGAGAGGAGACACCGAGGGAGGGGAAAAGGUCAGGGACACGGGGGGGUUCAUCGCACUGCCAGAAAUAAGGAGAGUGUCUACACCAACGGUUUGGCAGACGAAACCAAGGAGACGAAGUGAAAUACACUAACGACCCCGUCUCCCCAACACUGACAUUUUUUUUUUCGCCAGGACUACUUUGGAUUUUGAAACGUCUUCGACUUCUUCCAAAGAAGUGUUUUGGUGAAAUUCCGGCAACGCAGAGUGAAUUUUGGACCGUGCGUAAUUUGGAGAGUUUGUUGCACACUGCGUCAGGAUGCGCGUCUGUCUGCUGCUGGUCUUCCUCUGUCUGCUGUGCGCUGGACGCGCUCAAAAGUUCUCUGCUCUCACGUUCCUGCGGGUGGAUCAGGAUAAGGAGUGCAACAUGGAAUGCAGCGGAGCUCCUCGCAAGCCCCUGUGCGCCUCCGACGGCAGGACCUUCACGUCUCGCUGCGAGUUCCUCCGAGCCAAGUGCCGCGACCCCCAGCUGGAGGUCAUUCGAGGGCCAUGCAAAGAAAUACAGCAUCAUUGGACCAACAACUUCCUCAGUGAUAAGAAAUGGCUUCAGCUCUCUGAAAUCAAAUUAUUAUGCCGAGAUACAUCCAGAUGUGUAGCAGAGAAGAAGUACACAGAGCAGCAGGCUAAGAAGCUCUUCCCACAGGUCUUUGUGCCUGUAUGCAACCCUGAUGGCACAUAUAGCGAGGUUCAGUGCCACAGCUACACUGGAUACUGUUGGUGUGUCACCCCAAACGGUCGACCCAUCAGCGGCUCAGCAGUGGCCAAUAAAAAACCUCGAUGCCAAGGUUCAAAACAAGAGAGAGCUACUACAAGAGAGCCAGGUAAAGCAGUCUCCUUGCAAAUAUUCUCCAUUCUAAAUGCAGAUGAGACUGGCCUAGUGGUGGACCCACAGCCUGCUGGUGAGGAAGAAGACAUCGUUUCCCAGUACCCCACUCUGUGGACGGAGCAGGUUCGCAGCCGACAGAACAACAGAACCAGAGCACCAUCCUCAUCAUGUGACCAGGAGCAGCAGUCGGCCCAGGAGGAGGCGAGGCAGCACAAGAACGAUGCCGUAUUUGUACCAGACUGUGCCCAAGGAGGACUUUACAAGCCAGUCCAAUGCCACCCCUCCACCGGUUACUGCUGGUGUGUGCUGGUGGACACGGGACGGCCCAUACCUGGGACCUCCACCAGGUGGGAGAGACCUCACCUAUGGUAUGAACAGCCAAAGUGUGACGGCAAUGCCAGGGCCCACCCAACUAAACCUAAGGACCAUUAUAGAAGCAGACAUCUCCAAGGCUGUCCUGGGGCAAAGAAAACCGAGUUCCUGACAAGUGUUCUUGACGCUCUGUCAACAGACAUGGUGCACGCCGUCACAGAUCCUGCAUCCGCCGGAAGGAUGGCUGAGCCCGACCCCAGCCACACCCUGGAGGAGAGGGUGGUCCACUGGUAUUUCAGUCAGCUGGACAAAAACUCCAGUGGGGACAUUGGAAAGAAGGAGAUCAAGCCUUUCAAACGCUUCCUGCGCAAGAAAUCCAAGCCAAAGAAGUGUGUGAAGAAGUUUGUGGAGUACUGCGACAUCAGCAACGACAAGGCGCUGUCUCUGCAGGAGCUGAUGGGUUGCCUCGGGGUGAUCAAAGAAGAGGGGGCCAAACCAGGAGAGGGUUUAUCUUCCAGUAAACUAAAUCCCUCAAAGAAGCAGGGCUAAGCCAGCAUUUGAGAUUUCCCCUCCCGCAUGGAGAAUCUGCCCUCAACAAUCGGCAAUAACGGAAACCAUAGUAUUUGCACUUUGUACUUUAAAAAAAGAAAUGUAAAUUCACUUUGUAGAAAUAAGGUAUUUAAACAGACUGCUGAAUCUGUGAAUGAUGUAGUUAGCUUUUUAUGUCCUGACAAACAAAAAAUAUUUAACACAUACAAUGUAUGUGUCCUUUGUGUGUCUAAAAAGUAUACUUUUCAAAGUUGUCAUGUUUUCAUGUUCGAUGUUGCUUUUGUGCCCCUUCCCUCACUGUACUUUUCUCCUCACGUUGAUGAUGGUAAAGCGGAUAUAUGGAUAGUUUGCUACAAUAACUUAGACCAUCUCUCAUGUACUGACCUAUAUCAUUUCUUCUUGUGCUUUGUACAGCAGUUUGCAAGAAUGUUUUAAACAUGCAGCAUAAAAACGUCCUACAUGUUCACGUGUAUCCAUGUUUAUUAGAAAUAAAGACCUCUUUUAUA